AACUCACUCACGUUUUCUUUACGUUGUCAUUCCCAAAGCCUGAACCCGAACUUCCCUCGUUUCCGUUCUCUCUCUCUCUCUGCUUUCCUUUCGAUCCAAAUUCUCAAAAACCACACAAAUUUUUCAACCAAUUUACGAAAUUGAAGGGUUUUUCGCCGCCGGGAAGAGGAUUUUCCGAGCCGAUCCAGUGUCAGGCUUAGCCAUGGUGGCGACUUGGUUCUGGAUUUCGAGCUUCUUCUUUCUGCUUUUGGUAGCCCUAAGUUCUGUUCUUCAGGUAGCGCACGCCAACUCCGAAGGGGACGCGCUCUACACUCUCCGCCGGAGCUUGUCCGAUCCUGAUAACGUGCUCCAGAGUUGGGAUCCUACUCUUGUUAAUCCCUGUACUUGGUUCCACAUCACAUGUAACCAGGACAACCGCGUUACCCGAGUGGACUUAGGCAAUUCAAACUUGUCCGGACAUCUGGUUCCUGAACUUGGAAGGCUCGAGCAUCUGCAAUAUUUGGAGCUUUAUAAAAACAGCAUCCAUGGAACCAUUCCAGAUGAGCUUGGAAACUUGAAGAGCCUCAUCAGUUUGGACUUGUAUAACAACAACAUCACUGGAAGAAUUCCACUUUCAUUGGGGAAAUUGAAAUCUCUUGUGUUCUUACGGCUCAAUGACAACCGAUUAAAUGGACCAGUCCCAAGAGAACUUACUGGAAUUACAAGCCUUAAAGUUGUGGACGUCUCAAAUAAUGACUUGUGUGGAACAAUACCAACCAAUGGACCAUUUGAGCACAUACCUUUAAGCAACUUUGAGAACAACCCUAGAAUGGAAGGACCAGAAUUGUUGGGACUUGCUAGCUAUGACACAAAUUGCACAUAGAAGCCAAGGUGAUGCUACAAAAUUACAGCAGGUAAUGGUAUGGUAUUCGGGAAGGUAAAGUAAAAGUGUUGUUUUCACUCUAUAGUGAAUUGGGAAAUACUAAAAUCUAAAAUGACAAAAUUAGUGUUUGUAAAUUGUAAAAUACCAAAUGCUUUGGUAUUUGUAACUCAAAACUCUACUUUUCUGCUGCCACGACAUGAAUUUGUGCUAAUGUAAUUCUACCAACUGCUUUACUCGUCUCUUCAUCUUCUUGUUA